UAGGAGGCGGCUGGCUUGACCGCGGCUCACAAAUGACGGCUCACUUUACCGCGGUGCCGCGGAAGGAGGAUCGGAAACUGGCGUGGCUGGCAGCUUUAAGACUCAAACACCCUCCAAAGAGAGUUUAUGUUUGCUCCUUUCAUUUUAUCGAUAAAAAGCCCACAGAGCUACACCCCGACCCGGAGCUUUAUCUGGGCUAUGACCGACCCCCACCGAAGAAAAGAAGAAGGCUCACUCGGACCACUUUGAGUGUGACAGCUUCCAGUAAUACGAACAAAAACACAGAAUCUGUACCCGACUCCACAGUGUUACGUUCAGUGGAAUUAGACCAGGCCAGCAUCUCCACACAACCCCCUGAGCCACAUCUGCACUCAGUCCACACACAGUGGGAGGAUCCUUCGCAACAAGACCAUCAAUACUGCAACAGGUCUCGCAGAAAAGAUGUGCAGGAUAAGAUGACUCAGUGUGAUGAAGUUGCAUAUUUCAUUCUUCAAAAUGAUGCAGACGCUUUGCUGUACACUGGGAUAGCCUUAGAAACAUUUAACACACUUGUGUCGACACUGGAAGGAUAUGACAACAAUGAAUUUACCAUGCCUGUCCGAGAUCAAGUCCUCAUGACACUUAUGAAAUUAAAGAGUAACCGUGUAAUAGGUGACCUAAGCUACCAGUUUCAUAUAUCACAAAGCAUGGCCAGCAAGAUCAUCUCACACUGGUUAGACAAGCUGGAGGAAGUUCUCCGACCAUUAAUUCCAUGGCUGCCAAAAGAAACUAUUCAAGCAACUAUGCCUGAAGCCUUCAAGAAGAACUUUCCAAAUAGUACAUGCAUUAUAGACUGCAGUGAGACCCUUUUACAGAAACCCAGAAAUCUGGGCUCAUGAGGGGAAUCAUACAGCCAU